AUGACCUUCAGCCAAUGCGGAAACAUGGUUAUAGCCAGCGGGCUGGAGGACACUGACAUUGGCACAGUGCACCAUUGCGACGAACGUACGCCCAGACCGAAAGGCAUUGCAAAGGACCAAGUUGCAAGCCUGAUUGCCCCAGGAGGCAUUUUUGCCGAGGCAUCAGCAGAAUCAGUUCCGCUUCGACGAGAUCGGCCGAAGGAUACAACCUACUCUGAAGCAUUUCCAGGCAUCAUUCCAGCUCCUGAGCAUGGAGGCUUCACAGCGUUGCAGGCGCCCAUUCUUCAAGGUCGGCGAAGCAUACGCCAACCUGAGGCCACAGCUGUCAGGACAGUGGUCCGGGAACCGCUGGACACUUGGAAGGAAAACUUGAAGAAGGCUGACCAAGUGGAUCCUUCAGCAGCUGCCAGGGCAUACCGGAGACAGCAUCGAACACGUGAGGAGCACGAGAGGCGAUGGCGCAGAUGGAUGAAGCAAAGGCAACGGGAGACCAAUCCUGAAGGGGCUAGCUGCCUUAGCUCCCUCAGUGGUACGCUGGUAUCUUCAAUCCCAGCAGGCCUGCGACCGGCCAAGUGUAUCGGCGACAGCUUUCCAGAUGGAAUUCGUUUGCCACUUUUUGGGCAGGACACACCGAUUCCUAUUUGGACUACCCUUGCUGAUGCUCCCUGGCUGGAUGGGAAGCGAUUUCCAUCUCCUCGAGUGCAGGAUGAGACUCCGUGGCUGAAAGUGGAUGAUCCUACGCAUCCGCUACAAGAGGCUGAGAGGCGGAAGUCCAGGAGUUCAAGAAUUGGACUCUUGGCACACAGAAGUGGAGCAGCCAGUGUGGCAAGCGCGACUGGGGAGGUCCGUGAAAAUUGCGAUCCUCAGUCCCAUCCUCUCUGA